AAUUCUUAUAUGGAUCCUGUUAAAUUACGUUUUUAUGCUGAACGGUAUGAAAAAGAAAAUCGUACAUUGAAGCUACAAGAACAAUUUGUUCUUACAACACACACUAAAUCUUUGACCGGAAAGUUUUAUGCACGUCAUGAUGCUGUUUCUUCAUUUGACAUACCAGAAGAAUAUAUUGAAUUUAUUGAAAGACGUACAGCUCUAACACCAAAAAAUAUUUAUACAUUUAGACCUCCUUCAGUUAAUAUGGAAUAUGGAUGGUUUACGAAGCCAUUGAUACCUAUAUCGAAUGAUCCAAGAUUAAAUUUUGUUAAAAAAGGAUGUGAUUUUAUUAAGAAAGAGUUAUAUCAGCGACAUCUUCAAAAAGGUCUACCGAUAAAAAGAUUUACUGGUGUACCUUUUAAGACUUAA